AUGAACAGACCAGCCUCUAAAUCUAACAAUAAAAUUUCAGAUUCAUCUAGACCUAAUAGUUAGGGAAGUAGCAGCGAUUAGAAUGACAAGAUGACUGAUAACUACUUAUUCCAGCAGGCUUACCCCUAGUUCGAGCUUAACGGUCCUCCCAAUGCUAUGCUUUUAGCGACAACUCAUCCCAACACCAACAGAGAUAUUUUCUUAAAGGAAGAAGUAACUAUACCCAUUCCCUUCUUUACAACAUUACUUAGGAAUGAAAAUAAGCUCAUGAGCUUUAUGGAUAGAUUGGAGAAUAUUUAGGUAUAAAUGCAGGAGUAGAACUAAAGUCAGAUUGAGGAAGAAGCUAGACAGCUAUAGCAAGAAUCACAAGAUAAGAAUCUAAGUGGCUUUGAUGAAGAGAAUGAGUUUUACAGCAAUAGGUAGUCUAAGAAGACUAUGUUUAACUUUGAUGCAUAAAAUGGCUUAUCUUCAGAUAAAAUGCUGCAUAAUAUGGAUAGAAAGCAUCCAAGACUUAUCGAAAAAAAUCCUCUAACUGGGAAACUUGAAUACAAGUUACAUCCCUACUGCAAAACAAAAACAGGUUGGCAUUGUUGCACUAAAAAUUCAAGGAAAUCUGAUUUCUCUCGCUACGGCAUAGGAAUCGUCCUUUACUUCUAAUUCCUAAAGCACAUGACAAUUGUGUUCUGCUUGAUGGCUUUGUUAAGUAUUCCAGCCUACAUCUUUUUCUUCAGUGGCAACUCUGCUGACACUUCUAACUACAGCAAUUUAAAAUACAUCCUGGCUGCUUUUUCAUUGGGGAAUAUUGGUUAAUCAUAAAUCGCAUGCAACAGUGCUCAAGUCAGUGAUGGUGGAAUUAACCUGUAUUGCCCCAUUGGUUCUCUAAAUUCUAUCAAGACUUUUGGACAGGCUCUUAUAUCGAGAUAGUAAACCUGCAGUCGAUCAGUUGGAGAAGCAGAACUAAUUUAUGAGCCAUCUACCUGUGAUUACACAAGUAUAAAUAACUUUGGCUAUCAAAACCAGCUAAAUCUCUAUCAAAAUUUUACUCGUUACUGCUUUGGAAAGGUAAGCUGUACAUUCCCACUCACUUAGCAAAUGAUUCCUGCUAAUUGUACUAAUAAAGAUGGCAAGAAGUACGAAUACAACUAGGUCAUCUAUUUCAUGAAAGCUUACUGCCAGAGUGAUUAUAUAAACGUAUUCCUGAAUGAUAAAGAUUUUCUCAGGAAAGAUAGAGUAGGCAUAGCAAUAGUUAUCUUAGAUAUUCUAAUUGCAAUUGUCUAUUAUGGAUCUUUCAUGUAUCUUCAGCGACUUCAAAGCAUUACUAAAAAAGAGAUAAACUAUCAGGUCGUUACUGCCAUAGACUUCACAGUCUAGAUGAAGAAUCUACCUCCUCAUAAAAAUAUAAAGGAGCUUAAAAUCCAGAUAUGGAAUUAUGUGGAGUACGUUUUAGAAUAACACGAAACUAAGUUCUUAAUGCCACAUGACAAGGUUUCUCCAGAUCCAUAUCAAAAUGAAAUCAUGGAUAUUUAAUUCGGUCUAAGUGGAUACAAGAGACUCAAGUACAUGAUAUCAAUGGCCAGGCUAUUAAAAAGAAAGAGGAAGCAAGAAUUGCUUCUGGAUAAGACUGAAAAUCCAAAUGAUCAUCUGCUUUUCCUGGCAAACAUAUAUAAGAUAAAUAAAUUAGCUUAGAAGAAGUUAGAAUCUUUGUAGAGAUAUUCCAAGAAACACCAGCCUAGGGCUGUAGUAGCCUACAUAACGUUUUAGAGUAUGAAUGGAAGGGAAAAAUUUAUUAGAGCCAUGUAAACUCAAAAAUCGAAUAAUGUAUUUGUAGCUUGUGCCAAAGAUGUCAAGAAAUCAAACCAUAAGCUAAUUGAAGGAGUUUUCCCAAAAGUGAAGCAAGCUCCAGAGCCUUCUGUGAUCAUUUGGAGGAAUCUAAAGAUCUCAAACACAAAUCGAUUCUUAAGAACCAUAUUUACUACAUUUAUUACAAUAUGCAUACUUGUAGGAACUGUGGUUGCAUUGGUAGCCACUAAAUAUUUCCAAGAGAAGUAUCAAUCAAAGUAUAAUGUUAGUAAUUGUGAUUAUCUCUUGCCUGAAGAUAGAUAGGUGGGACUACUUGCUUGCUACUGCUAUAACCAAUUGUCUUAUAUUGAGUAUGCAAUCUCCUUAUAAUAAUAUUCAUUUAGAAUCGGAAUUAAAGAGAUAACCUUUCCAAAUGGACAGAAACUUUGUAAUGAGUGGUUUACUAACUACACAUUGACCAAUGCUAUGAUAUAUGCUGCUGCCUUAGCUAUCGGAAUAGUUAUUCUCAUUGUUAACGCUAAAAUUAUUAACAAAGAUCUUCCUGAACUAGCUCCUGUGUUCUCUGGACAGUUUCUAGAUUUUAGUGCUGAAUGGUAUAGAGUCGUAGGUUCGACAAUAAUGCUCGCUAUGAUAAUCAAUAUCAUUUCCCCUCAUUUUAGUGCUUUCUUUAAGCAAGGAUUCUUUGGAUUUCUUAGAUGGGCUGAUAGGGGUUUUUCAAAUGACAUUCGCGUCACAAAGAAACUUCAUCAGGAAGACUAUGAGUAUUAGUAUGAAGGAAUUGAGUUCUUUAUUGAAUGCAGAUAUGCUCAGAUAAUAUCUACUAUUUACAUUUUAAUGAUGUAUUCAGGAGGCAUGCCUUUACUAUACAUAAUUGGCAUAAUUUAAUUCCUAAUGAUAUGGUAUAGACAACCACCAAGAUAUGGAGACGAGCUUUCAAAACUUUCUACAGAAGCAUUGAAAUAUGCUGUGCUUGUUCAUAUGGCUUUUGGAUUCUAUAUGUUUUCCAACUCCUCAAUAUUCUAAUUUUAGUAAAAAUAGAAAAGUGAUUCCUCUAAAGUUGAGAUAAUAUCGACCUCAGAGAAUGAGUAUGAUGAAUUAAUUAACAACUAUUGCAAGUCUACUUGGAGAACAUUUUUCAAGUGCCUGAUCAAUUAAGAUAAGGAAAACCAGAUGCUGCUUUAAUCCUUUAGCAAUAAUAUUUAUGCUGAGUUAAGUGGAUAUGACUUGAAAAGUGAAUAUAAGAAAACCAAAGCAGAACUAGCUCAUUACAAAUUCCUAGCUAAAAAAGGCUUGAUUAAGAAUGACAUUUACUCUUAGAACUUCUUAAAGAAACUCUAGGAAAAGCUAGAUUUAAUUCAAACCAUAUUAUUUAUGAAGUUAAAGAGCGCUGGUAUCGAGGAGGUUAAUGACACAAUGGAUGGAUUCUUCCAAUUCAUUUAGUCUAGGAAAAUAGACAAGCAUCACAGGCUUAAAAGCGAAUAUAGUUAUGACAUUAGAGACAAUCACAAGUACAGAAGAAGCAGAAAAGGUGAAAAGUAGGUCGCUAAGUAUUUAGAAAAAUUGUUAGAGGCAGAAAAUAGGAAAUCAAAGAAAAGAGGAGACAGCCAAAGGAAUUAGUAAUAGCCUGAUUAAUAAUAAAAUUGA